AGCACCGGAGUUACCAGUCCUAGAGAGGAGAAACUGGUUGAUCUAGCUGCUGUAUGUUCUCGAAGACUACACGGAGUGUAAGGCUGUCAUCAAGGAGCAGCUCCAGGAGUCCUACGGGCUGUGUGAAUAUGCAGUCUACCGUUCAAGCUUUGAUAUUUCGCUUGGAGGGAAAAAUUCAGGAAUCUCUUGAACUUUUUCAGACAUGUUCCAUUCUGAACCCUCGAAGUGCUGACAACCUCAAGCAGGUGGCACGAUCUCUGUUUCUUUUAGGGAAGCACAAGGCAGCCAUUGAAGUAUACAACGAGGCAGCUAAGCUCGAUGAAAAGGACUGGGUUUUCUCCAGAAAACACAGACCUCCUUACGACAUUGGGGUUGCUGUACUUGCAG